AUGGCUUUUAGUGAAGCUGAUGCUGAGAAGAGCCGAAUAUCCAUUUUGCAUUUAUCACAACAGCCUCUUUUUACAUCGCGACUACCGCUCUUCACAAUCAUCGGAUCUAUCCCCGCUGCUUUUAUUCCAACCUUUCUCCUUUUAUCCUCCCAAUUUGUGCCCCAAAACCACUAUCCAGCAUACCGAACUCAAGAGUUGUCUAUUUUCAAACGCCACCACUUUCACUUGAGCAUAAUUGACAGCAUCAUUGUCAACAUCGCCAACAUUGCCACUUCUAUCGAAUCCGAGCCAUCACUAUUUCCAUCAUCUCAGUCGUCACAACUUCAUCUCUACUGCCAACAAAAUUUUAGCAUUUCUACAAUUCGUAUCGCUUUCGCCGACAACAACUUCACCAUCGUGAUUGCCACUUUGCCAGUGCCACAGUUUUCACCAUCUAUUCACCUCAUUAUCUUCAGUAACAUCACAAAAGUCACUUUUGAUUUCACUUAUGCAGUCAAUACAAUUACCAACACAACCUGCCCCAACACUGGCUUUCAUACUCGCAACAGCCAACACGCUCGCCAGCAACAUUUCCUCAGAUCAUGUCAUCAGUAG